UAAAAAAGGCACAAAACCCAAGGAGUGGAAGAUACCUGGUUUUUGUUUUUCCGGCGGCUCUCAGUCGUGUGUUGGAGAGAGUUUUAGAUCCAUCUUCCGAUUCCGUCCUACAUUCUUCUUAAACAAAUCCUAAUCUUCUCUUUUAAUCUCUUUUUUUCUUUUUUUCGUUAUUAAUACUCUCUUUAGUUUAACCGAUUUUAUUAGAUUAAUUGUUCUAUUAAUGUCUUCUGUUAUAGCUCUUAAUCCUGUUCUUGCGAUUCUGUUUUGAAUACGAAAACCCUAAUUUGAAUGGCUGUGACGGCUGAUUCUUCUUCGAAUCGUCACUCGCCGCGUGAAGCUGUGAAUAGUCCUCAGUUUCGCGGACAAAAUCUGCCGUCUCCAUGGGUGCAAGUGGUUAGACGGCCGGAGUCAAUUUCAGGUGUUAAUCGUUCUCCUUCCUCUCCGUCGUCGUCUUCGUCGUCUCCGCCUGCUGAUUUUGUGGCCGAGAAAAGCGCCUUUGCUGAUUCUUCUUCGUCGAAGUCAUCUCCUCCUCCAAUGUCGGAGACACCUGAUAAUCACGUGACGGUGGAUGGUUCUGAUUCGAAUAGCAACAAUGCAGGCGGUCGGCCCAAAAAGGCAGCUUGGAACAAGCCGUCAAACGGCGUGAUGGAAGUUAGUCCUUUGGGAGCUAUGUCUUGGCCUGCUUUAUCUGAAUCCGCCAGGGCUUCGACAAGAUCAUCAGCUGAUGGUUCUUCCAGAAACGUUUCGGAUGGAUCGGCCUCUACUUCUCAGGGACCUGCAAACUCUCAUUCAGCUCAUAGGCAAGCUCCUACUAAUGCAAACCCUAAUUCGAUGCCAAACCGUACAAUGGCUGGAACGUCAGGUCGUCAAAGAAACUCUAGACGUGGUGGCAGUGGUGGGGGCAAUAGCUCUGGUGGUGGGUCUAUGCAGGGUGGCUUCACACAUACACACCCUUCUCAGCCACCCCUGCCACCCCCACGCCGACCAUUCCCUGUCAUGCCAAUGCCUGCUAAUCCUUAUAGUGGUUUUUAUCCGGUAAUGCAUGAUCCUUCCCUUCAAGAGCCUCAAUACAGACCAACAGGUGGUUUUGUUCCUCAACCACAAGUUGGUAAUGAUCCUCGGCAUUCCGCUCGGAGAGGCAGCUAUGGAAGAGGGGAUGGUUCAUACCAAAAUAGUUUUGGCAGGCGCAAUCAGGACCGUGGAAAUUAUGGCAAUACUAGAGAUGCUCACAUUCAGCCUCAAAGAAGUCAACCUAGGGGCUUAGUAAGACCUCCACCACUAAGUGCUCCCAGUUUUAUUCCUCCUCAGCCUGUGAGACCCUUUGGGAAUCCCACUGCAUAUCCUGAAAUCAUUUUUCUCCCUCCAAUGCCAUUUGAUACCUUCAGGGGUGCCCCAUAUAUUGCCCCACCUUCAGCAAUGCUUGUGCAUCCUCCAGAACAUUUCCUUCGCGCAAUGUUGGUACAUCAAAUAGAUUAUUAUUUCAGUGAUGCUAAUUUGGUAAAAGACGACUUUUUGAAGUCUAACAUGGAUGAGCAGGGCUGGGUCCCAAUUUCUUUGAUAGCGGGAUUUCCACGUGUUAAGUAUUGGACAUCUGAUAUUCGGUUCAUAUUGGAUUCUUUGAGGAGUUCAACCAUUGUUGAAGUACAGGGUGUCAAAGUCAGGAGGAGAGAUGACUGGAUGAAAUGGAUUUCUUCUUCUAGUCAUGUUUCCUCUGAUUUAGGUUCACCGUCUCAAUCUGGCUCAAGUGUAGAGAACCUCACAGCUUCACUUAAUAAGAUUACAGUGGAGGAAAAAGCUAUCGACUCUCACACAGAGUACUCUUCUGGGACCCAUUUAUCGGAAUUGACUGGCCAUUCACGACUCUCUAAUGGGGAGAGUUCUCAAGAUAUGGGUUCAAAUCGUCAAUGAUCAAUUGGACUGCAAAGCAGAAUGCUGCAAGGAUGUUGCACUUCUUUUUGGUUUUCUACUGGAUACAUGCUGCUUUUGAAGGUGUAGGGACUCCUUUUUGUUUUACUAUUUCUCUCCAUCCCUACUUGGUUUUGGUAGUGUUUUGAUGAGGCAGAGGUAAAAAAAUAAGAAAGAUUCAUAAAUUAUCUUUGAAAGAUAAAGAGAAGCAAUGGUGAUAAUAGAGGAUUUAGGUUAUUGACAGCAGGAUUUGUGAGGCUGUUUGGUUGUAUAGUUGGGGUAGUCAAUAGUUUGAUUAAUUGUUGAUGAAUUUUGAUGGAUGGAUGGAUAAGUGGGUAAAGGUAAAGCAGUCUGAAGAGGGGUACUAUAAUUAUUCAAAACAUGGCUAAAACUCCACUUUCCCGAUGGAUUUGAACUAAGCAUUCUAGUGCUUUGUUUCCAGUAAAGGGUGACCUGAUGUUGCUACUUUUUCUCAUUCAUUCAUAUGCUUUCUCUGGUCUUAUUAACUUCACUCUAUUUCGCAAGGAGAAUUAUGAACAAGCUUCUGUGCUGUCAGCUGCAACGUACGCCUUCCCAAAAGUCUUGACAAAGGUUGUGACUUUACUUCAUGAUUCAUCAACGUAUCUGCCUCCAGUGAUUCUAUGCUUAAGAGUCGCUCAGAUCAGCCUUUGAUACACAAUUCAAAAAAGAAAAAAAGAAAAAAAGAAGAAGGUUCUGGUUCUGUAUUGAGACAGGAAAAUGGGUCUCUCAUGCCCGACUUCCCGUUUCCUAAACCAUUCCCCUUCUCUCGUUCUAAAGUUCGAACAUUUUGGUUUGUGUUGGUAUUGUCUUGGUUCAUUUGCUGAGGGGAGGGGUUUUUCUGUUGUCACUUGAAAAAACUAGGAACUAGAUU